GUCGCGUUCCUUUCCCGGAAGUGAAGAGCUCCCUCGGCCGGCACUCAGUUGGACGUUGGAGAUCCGCGCAGGUAGGUCGGUUCGAUGUCGGCGCUGGACGCGGCUCUCGCGGGCGGGCAAGGUGGGAAGGAGGCGGCCACUGGUUUUUCCCUUUCCUGCCGUCCUCUCCUUUCUUCUCCUCCCUUAAACGUCCCGGUUUUCUUAAAUUGAAAACAAGUAGCUCAUUUGCAUAUGCUAAUUCGCUUAUUGAUUUUUAAUUGGUUGCCUUCAAUCGAGUGAGUGCCGUCGUUUCCUCUCUCUAUAAGGACAGGCUUUCUAUUUUUUAAUUAAAAAAAGAAAACAGCGGUAAGAAAAAUACAGCGCGAGUGUUGGUUUUGGAACGACCCCCUUCUGUGAAAAUACUUAACUGAUUGAUUUAGUGUUCAUAUACUGUACAGUGCGCCGCUUGAUUGAAAAACCAGAACAACAGUAGCUCAAAAUGGUUUGCGAAAAAGGUAAAACAAGAAAAAUCCAGGAGAAAUUCGCAGACCUCCUUUGAAGAACAAAGGUUAAAAUAAUGAAACAUUAAAAAAAUCAACUCAGCUGUCUAAGCAUCUGGGUAGGCUUGUCAAAACAAGAACGUUUUCAGCAUUAAAAAAACGUGCAGGUAGGGGAAAAUGUGUUUAUUUGCAGUACCUGAGUACUGUCCAAUAACUGCAUCCUCUGGGCUUUGAACCUUAGGACUUACAAGGCAUGUUUUCAUUUUUAUGCAAGCAGACAAAUAUUUCUAAGAGAAACAGAUGAUUAAAAAAUUGUCAUUUGUGUGUUUUGGCAGAUCUCUCCCCAGGCCUGUAAACUAACUUCAAGGUCUUCUACCUCCACUAUAGUAAAAGCUGUACCUGUGUGUUUGUUUAAGCUUUGAAUUAUAAACGUAGUAGGUAUGUUCUUGGCUGAUUUGUCUGUUUAUGGAUAGGUUCACUAAUUCAGGCCACAGUGUCAGUACCCUCUUUGAAAGCGAGUCCCUUUGAACAAAUUGGGACUUAAUUUAGAACAAACAACAUGCAUUGCAGGUCAUUCUUCUUAACUAAAUAAAACAAAUAUGUUCUAGUAUUUUGCAACAGCAAAAUCCUAACCUUACUUACCUGGGAGUAAGUCCCAUUUAAUUCAGUGGGAUUUUUAAAAUAUGUGAUUUUUGUAUCAUUAGCGAAAACCUGUGGGCAGAUCAAACCUGCUGAGGUAGGGUGGGGGUUUAGGAAGAAUAUUUGUUGGAGGAAGCACACCAAAUCUAGAUUGCUGCUGGGCUUUUUCCUUCUGGAAAACUCUGGUAAAAAAGUGCAAAGUAGUAUUCUGCUGAGUGAACACUUAACCCAAAAGGGCAGAGGGUCUCCCAGAACCCACCUUCUUGGUCCAUUUGGAGAGCAACACCUGUUUGCUUCACUCUAAGAACAAUAUUUUUGCUUUAUCAAUAAUAUAUUAUUGUAAUUUAGAUUAUUGGUUUGGAGUUGCCAGCUCUAUGAGACAACUUAAUGGUAAGCUGCCUGCUAGAUGAGCCAACUACUUGCUGUGCCUUCUCUCAGGUUUCUGUUGCUUAACACCCACAGACCUUUUCCUGCUAAGUCCUCAUUUAAUUUGUCCUGAAAAGUUUGCUUUCACAGUAACAAGUUCUGAAAUUUCCCUGAGUCUACUGAGCAGGAAAUCCUGUUUAAAAUCCCAUGAGAUGAAUAGGCUGUGCUUAACCCGAGUCCUUCUCAUUUUGGCAGUCUACCUGAUCCAGUUCUGCAACUGGUCCAGUGGACAUCUCAGUGACAUCAUUGCGUAGAUCGAUCAAAGCUUUCUUUUUGGUUAGCUAAUCAUUUGCACCAUUUCCCCCAGUAGGCCCUUUCUCCUUCCCUCCACCUCACCCCUGAGAGCACCACAUUGCACUCCUUCUGUCUGGGAUGGUCGUCCUCUUCCACCGAGCGCGGUUUCAGCAUUCAGGGCUACAAGAAGUUCUGUGAGGAAUAAUUUAAGAAAUAUUGUAAAAAUGGAAAGGGAGGAAUGAUUUGUUAGAAAAUGUAAAGGCAAUAUUAAGUUAGGAAUUGCAGGAGAAAUAACUAAGACGGAGGAUUAUCAGAAGUGCUGAAGGAAGUCCAAAUAAGGAUAUGUGUGUAAUAAUUUGUGCGGUAUGUCUUUAAAAUUUUGUAUGCUAAAAAUUAAUAAAAAAUAUUUAUAAAAAAAAGAGCACCACAUUGCAGUACUAGGGCCACAUUCCCAGAUCCAUUUAUUUUCAUAUGAAGAAAAAGCCCCGUGUGUUGCUUUCCUAUUUGUUCCCCACCGUUCUUUACUGCCUGCUAACAAAACCGAACUGCCGGGAAAAGAGAAUGCAGUAUUUACGGACUCGUUCCAUGCCAAAUUGUGUUGAUUGUGCAGUUCUGUACUUUGUUUGUUUGCUUGGAAGUAUGUCCCACUGAGUUGAGUGUGCACAGGACUGAAUGUGCACAGGACUGGAGUUUUAAGCUCCUUGCAAGGUGCAGGGGCCACUGAAUAUGUUCCCCAUUUGCUAAUUUUUUCCCUUCUAUGUUUAAGCCUUCCAGCACAUUUCUGCCGCAGGAACUGAAAAGAACAAUGGUGUGCAUUCCCUGUAUAGUCAUUCCCGUUCUGCUGUGGGUCUAUAAAAGGUUCCUUGAGCCGUAUCUGUAUCCCAUCAUCUCACCUUUCAUCAAGCGCAUUUGGCCAAAGAGAGCAGUGCAGGAAACAGCAAAGAAAGACCAAAAAGGCAGCACUGAAAAUAGGCGUGAGUUGUACGACUCCAUGGAUGAUUCUAAAGUAAGCAUUGGCAAAACUCUUUAUGUAUGUGCAUUGUGUGUAUACACCAUAUGAAGGACAAGUUGAUCAUGUGGUUCUGCUAGCUGAAAACAUUUCUAGGACACCAGUUUCUAGGAUGCUUCAUUCUAGAUCGUACAGCAGAAACAGCUGCUGAUCUGUUUUCUAUACCACAGCUGUAGCCAUGCAUUCCCUGGUGGGAACUUCUGUGUCGCAGAACAGUAAUGGAAAGUAAAUAUACCAUUCAUUUUGAAGUUAAAACUUGUUGUCUCGGUCAAAAUUUAAAACUUGUUGCCUCAAAGGUUCUAAUGUUUUGAACAUGUAAACAGGUAAAGGACCCCUGACAGUUAAGUCUAGUCGCGAACGACUCUGGGGUUGCGGCGUUCAUCUCACUUUACUGGCCAAGGGAGCCAAUGUUUGUCUGCAGACAGUUUUUCCGGGUCAUGUGGUCAGCAUGACUAAGCCGCUUCUGGGGAAACCAGAGCAGCGCACGGAAACGCUGUUUACCUUCCCACCAGGGUGGUACCUAUUUAUCUACUUGCACUUUGACGUGCAUUUGAACUGCUAGGUUGGCAGGAGCAGCGACCGAGCAACGGGAGCACACCCCAUCGCGGGGAUUCAAACCGCCGACCUUCCAAUCGGCAAGCCCUAGGCUCAGUGGCUUUAGACCACAGCGCUACCCACGUCCCUCUGAACAUGUAUUUAAAUGUAUUUUCUCUGUGUGUGUGUUUCAGACUGAAAGCAACGGCAUCGCAAAUGGAUUUGCUGAAAGUGGUCCACCAGGGGUUUCUGAGAAAAAGACUGAUUAAGUAAGCUUGUGCUGUGGGAUCGUGGUUGCUUUAGGAAAAUGAGCUGAUGAUGCUGUUCCCACCUGGAAAUUUAAUUGCACUUUUUUUCUGAAAGAAAACUUGGAAUCUGCAUACACACAGGCAGACACCUAGGAAAAUUUAGGAUGCUAUUUUCUUUGUAGCUGAAAAAGAUUUAACAUGUUGUCUUGCUCUGCUUGACAUUCUCAGUACAGGAGAACCUUUUCCAAUGCAGUGCAGUUUAUGGUGUUAGCUUUUUAGGCUCCAGUUUUUUACACUGCUGUGUAACUGUCAAAAUUGUGACUUGUUUCAAAGAACCUCCUGGAACUCAACUUCCACACAACUUCUUAUAUGCUUGCCUUUAAAAAGCUAGAUGACUUAUGUAUUAUAGCUGAAGAGAACAGCACUGUAAAUACUCAGACACUAAUAAUAAAUAUUAAUAGCUGUUCACUCACUUUUUCUCAACCCAUCCCUGCAAAACUAUGCGUUGUUUGGCAUUCCUCCUGAUUUUGCAGAUACGAUGAAGCAAACUUUGUGUGAGUAGACACGAUCAUAGGGGCGGUAGCCCUGAUAUGGGAAAUAUAAUAGUAUUCCCUGCCAUUAAUUAAGACCAGGCAAUUUGCCCUUAUUUCUGAAGGUGGAAAAAGAAUGUUUUUCUUAAAAUAAUAACAAUAUAAAAAUAGAUCUGUGUGCAAACUGCUGUAUUUUGGUUGGCAACGUUGACAUUGGAUUCAGAAUUACUCUAAAUAAAAUAUAAAGGUUUUGCUUUUACAACUGAAGGCUGGCAUUCUUAAUAAAACAUGUUUCCUAUGCUCAUGGA